AAAGUGAUAUAUAAUGAACAGUCUUACUUGGAUGGAUGUUGCGUUAGAACAAGCAGAGUGUUCUUUGAAAGCUGGCGAAGUUCCAGUUGGUUGUUUAUUUGUAUACAAUAAUGAAGUCAUUGCUACAGGUAGCAAUACAGUUAAUGAAACACGUAACGCGACUCGGCAUGCUGAAAUAAAUUGUAUAGAUCAGGUCUUAAACUUUUGUGACGAAAAAGAUUUGAACUAUAAAGAAGUUUUUUGCAAUGUCGAUGUUAUCGUUACUGUGGAACCAUGUAUAAUGUGUACAUCAGCAUUGUUUCAAUUGCAAGUACGAAAUAUUAUAUAUGGUUGCGCAAAUGAUCGUUUCGGUGGAUGCAGUAGUGUUUUUGAGGUGCCUAAAAUUUAUAAUUCAAAAACUAAAAUAGUGGGAGGUAUAAAAAAUGAUGAAGCAAUGGCUUUGUUAAAGGAAUUUUACAAAGGUACAAAUCCAAAUGCACCUGAAUCAAAAGUUAAAAAAAGUCGUAAAAACAAAGACAUAAACACUAAAAAUGUGUAAUCUUUUUAAAUGUAAAAUGUAUUUUUGUUUUUUAUCUCAUUAAGUAAUCAAUAAUUUAAUUUUUAUUUUAUACAUUCCGUGUGAUAUAAUAUAUAGAUUAAAAUUAAAGUUUUAUAUAAACUAAACAUUAAUACGUGACAUGCCAGUAUCUACACUGGUAAGAUACUGCCAGUAAUGCAGGUACAAAUCGUAUUUUAUAUAUU